CUCAGUGGGAGUAUGAUACCGGUACAACUGAAGCAGCAACCAAACCAACUUAAAAACUACCAUCGUACGGCACAAGGUAGUCUACGUUCAGUAUGUGGAGAGGAUUUAAAAGAGAGAUUUCCAGGAUCCCCCUCCUUGCUGGGUCUGCUGUUGCGGUGGGGGGUGUGGUUGCAGCAGAGCAUGGCUACAGUGAUGUCAAUGGAGUAGCAGACACCUACAUUGCUGUCAUGCUAGCCGCUAGGAACUUGGAGGACACUAAAGAUCAACAUCUCAAGCCCUGGAUGCAACGCCAGCUUACCGCACUGGAUCGACGCCUGCAGUGGAGUUUGAAGAAACAUGAGCAACUGCACAAGUGGAUCAUUCCUUCUUCUGACAACUUGGGCUGGACCGUGUAUCGCUUGGAAUGGAUGGCAGCCAAUCUGUGAGGCUUGGCCUAUCACCUGGAUUCAACUUUUAGCCGUCAAGAGGGCGACGAGAAGAAGACGAGGGACUCGUUCGACAAGGAGAGUCAGGUUCUGUAUGACACAAAAGUGGAUGAAAAUUACUUGGAUCCGGCCCACACAACCAGAGUCCAUGCUCAAUUGGACGCUCUGUUACCUGGAAAUUGUGAAGAACCACUGCACCAACGGCAUGCCCAAUUUCAAUCUCACAUCAUGAUUCCCAAGAAAUCAUAUGAACCUGUCUAUCGUCAAUUGGUGGACGAUAUUCUGGAGACCUGCCAAGCUUGGAUGCCGGAACUCCAAUCUGCCCACCUGAAGCAGCAGUAUAUGGAUGACGCCAAAGUCUCCUGCGAAGCCUGGGUUGAGCCGGAUCGGGAUGCUGCAGCAGGAGACUCCAAGAUGGUGGUCAACAUUGCCAGAGCGAUAUCUUACGACAAAGCUCAGCAAUUGGCGGUUCAUGAAUUGACGCAUCAUAUCCAGGUUGUGCUAAUGGAACAUCACCUGUACGACAAGUGCCCUGAAAUGAGAGUAUCUCCAGAGAUGGGACCCAUGGGAGUUGUCCUGGAAGGAGGCGCGGAAGCCAUGGUGGAGUUGUACUUCAAUCUGGACGCUGGCGGAGUGGUCAGUCGAGCCCAAGAUCUAGAAAAGAGACUGCCUCGUCACGGUCUUCGGAGACUGAACCUGACCCCUGCAAUCAUCUUGGAGAUUGAACGCCUCACUUGGUUUGGACUCUGGCCUACGAUUAUUCGAAUUGCUCGUGACUAUCAGAAUCGCUCGAUCAUCCACAAUAAGGACGAAUGCGAACGGCUAAUGCUGGAGCAAGCCCUCAAACGGCACGAUUCUUGGCCCAACGCCGACUUUUUCGACGAAGUUGGCGCUUAUACGUUGGGAUAUGGGUAUUGCAAAGAACUGAUUCUUGAGUAUUGCAAAAAGGAGGCCAUGAGGAAUGAUAGAUCGGUCUUGGAGGAGUUCAUUCGCUUCAUGAAGCAGCCACAGCUGCCCAGUCGAAUGCAAAAGACAAUUGCUGGUUAAGGGAAGCACGCAGAGACCAAUGUAGUAAUAUGUAUUUAUUACAAGGAUGGAUUUUGACUAAUAGACACGUUUGUUCUUUGUUUAUCGCAUAGGAAUGAGUAACUUUGACCACUUGGUUGACUUUCGUUCUCAAAGGAGGUUACGUUGAGCCCUGCAUGGCACCAUGCGUCAAAGAUACUUCUUCAAAUGCAUUCUUCGCCACCGUCAUCAGGUACUUCUUGGAUGUCUGGUUGAACGCCAUGACAGUGCACAAGUUCUCCAUAGGAGCCCUGGUCAUGAAGGCGUCACAUCACAUCGGUACAAUAACCAAUGUUGGCGACAAUCUCCCCGAACAAACAAUUAACGAGAGGCGCGAACCGAAUAAAGAAGAAGAUCAGCC